GAGCCGGCCAAGCCGCGGCCGAGGAAGUCCUCGCCGCUGCGGCGCUCGCUGUGGGUGGGGAGCGAGUCGGGGUUCGCUUUGUGGCCGGCUGUCCCCUGCCCGCGCCGAGCGACUCCGGCCGCAGCGCAGAGGGAGUGGGGCGCGCUCCUGAGCCCCCCGCCGCGGUCCCCCAGCCCCGGGGAAGAAUGUGCCACCAGCUGUUCUCAGCUCGGGAGCGCUUCGCCCAGAAGUGAGUAAAUCGGAGGAAGAAGAGACAAAGGCUGCAGUUGGGACGCCCGAGUUAGAGACUUGGUUUGGGGCGAACAAAAGGUGAGAAAGACGAGAAGGGGAUAAGGCGAUGGCAGCGGGGGAGCCCUGCAGGCUCGAGUUUCUGGGAGCCGCGGCGUGACACGCAUGGUUUCCCGGGACCUUCUGCUGAGCUGACUUCCGCGAGCUGGAAGCCGGACUCCGGCAGGUUGGGGACUCCGCUGGAACAAUGGAUAACUUCUUCCCCGAGGGAACGCGAGUUUGGCUGAGAGAAAAUGGCCAGCACUUUCCGAGUACUGUAAAUUCCUGUGCAGAAGGCGUCGUUGUCUUCCGGACGGAUUAUGGGCAGGUAUUCACUUACAAGCAGAACACAAUUACCCACCAAAAGGUGACCGCUAUGCACCCCACAAGCGAAGAGGGUGUGGAGGACAUGGCCACCCUGACAGAACUCCACGGGGGUUCCAUCAUGCAUAAUUUAUUCCAGCGAUACAAGAAAAAUCAAAUAUAUACUUACAUUGGCUCCAUCAUCGCCUCAGUGAACCCCUACCAGAUGAUUCCCGGACUGUACGAGCGCGCCGCCAUGGAGCGGUACAGCCAGCACCACCUGGGUGAGCUGCGCCCCCACAUCUUCGCCAUCGCCAACGAGUGCUAUCGCUGCCUGUGGAAGCGUCACGACAACCAGUGCGUGCUCAUCAGUGGCGAAAGUGGGGCAGGUAAAACCGAAAGCACUAAAUUGAUCCUGAAGUUUUUAUCAGUCAUCAGCCAGCGAUCUUUGGAAUUGUCCUUGAAGGAGAAGACUUCCUGUGUGGAACAAGCUAUUCUUGAAAGCAGCCCGAUCAUGGAAGCUUUCGGCAACGCGAAGACCGUGUACAACAACAACUCCAGUCGCUUUGGGAAGUUUGUUCAGCUGAAUAUCUGCCAGAAGGGAAAUAUUCAGGGCGGGAGAAUUGUAGAUUAUUUAUUAGAAAAAAACCGAGUAGUAAGGCAGAAUCCUGGGGAAAGGAAUUAUCACAUAUUUUAUGCACUGCUGGCAGGGCUGGAAAAUGAAGAGAGAGAAGAGUUUUAUUUAUCUGUGCCAGAAAACUACCACUACUUGAAUCAAUCUGGAUGUGUAGAAGACAAGACAAUUAAUGACCAGGAAUCCUUUAGGGAAGUUAUUACGGCAAUGGAAGUAAUGGAAUUCAGCAAGGAAGAAGUUCGGGAAGUUUUGAGACUGCUUGCUGGUAUAUUACAUCUUGGGAACAUAGAAUUUAUCACUGCUGGUGGGGCACAGGUUUCUUUCAAAACAGCUUUGGGCAGGUCUGCAGAGUUACUAGGGCUGGACCCAGCACAGCUCACGGACGCACUGACCCAGAGAUCGAUGAUCCUCAGGGGGGAAGAGAUUCUCACGCCUCUCAGCGUUCAGCAGGCAGUGGAUAGCAGGGACUCCUUGGCCAUGGCACUUUACGCACGCUGCUUCGAGUGGGUGAUUAAGAAGAUCAACAGCAGGAUCAAGGGCAAUGAUGACUUUAAAUCCAUCGGCAUUCUUGACAUCUUCGGAUUUGAAAACUUUGAGGUUAAUCGCUUUGAACAGUUCAAUAUAAACUAUGCAAAUGAGAAACUUCAGGAAUAUUUCAACAAGCAUAUUUUUUCUUUGGAACAACUGGAAUAUAGCAGAGAAGGGUUAGUGUGGGAAGAUAUUGACUGGAUAGACAAUGGGGAAUGCUUGGACCUGAUUGAAAAGAAACUUGGUCUCCUAGCUCUUAUCAAUGAAGAAAGUCAUUUCCCUCAAGCCACAGACAACACCUUGUUGGAGAAGUUACACAAUCAACAUGCUAACAACCACUUUUACGUGAAGCCCCGAGUUGCGGUCAACAAUUUUGGAGUGAAACACUACGCUGGAGAGGUGCACUAUGAUGUCCGAGGCAUCUUGGAGAAGAACAGGGAUACCUUUAGAGAUGACCUUCUCAACUUGCUAAGAGAAAGCCGAUUUGACUUCAUCUAUGACCUAUUUGAACACGUUUCAAGUCGCAAUAACCAGGAUACCUUGAAAUGUGGAAGCAAACAUCGGCGGCCCACAGUCAGCUCACAGUUCAAGGACUCACUGCAUUCCUUAAUGGCAACGCUAAGCUCCUCCAAUCCUUUCUUUGUUCGCUGUAUCAAGCCAAACAUGCAGAAGAUGCCAGACCAGUUUGAUCAGGCCAUUGUACUGAACCAGCUGCGAUACUCUGGGAUGCUGGAGACGGUGAGAAUUCGAAAAGCUGGGUAUGCAGUCCGAAGACCCUUUCAGGAUUUUUACAAAAGGUAUAAAGUGCUGAUGAGGAAUUUGACUCUGCCCGAGGACGUCAGGGGCAAGUGCACGGCCCUACUGCAGCUCUAUGAUGCCUCCAAUAGCGAGUGGCAACUAGGGAAGACGAAGGUGUUCCUCCGGGAAUCCUUGGAGCAGAAACUGGAGAAGCAGCGGGAGGAGGAAGUUACGCGGGCCGCCCUGGUGAUCCGGGCCUACAUCUUGGGCUACGUGGCAAGAAAGCAAUACAGAAAGGUCCUGUAUUGUGUGGUGACGAUACAGAAGAAUUACAGAGCGUUCCUUCUGAGGAGGAGAUUUUUGCACCUGAAAAAAGCAGCCAUAAUUUUCCAGAAGCAACUCCGGGGUCAGAUUGCCCGGAGAGUUUACAGACAGCUGCUAGCAGAGAAGCGGGACCAAGAAGAAAGGAAAAAACGGGAGGAGGAAGAGAAGAGGAAACGGGAGGAGGAAGAGAAGAGGAAAUGGGAGGAGGAAGAGAAGAGGAAACGGGAGGAAGAGGAAAGAGAAAGAGAGAGAGCACGAAGAGAGGCCGAGAUCCGUGCCCAACAGGAGGAAGCAAGGAAGCAGCAAGAACUUAAAGCCUUGCAGAAGAGCGAAAAGGAGGCCGAAGUGAACCGGGAAAACAAACAAGUAGAAGAGAUCCUCCGCCUCGAGAAAGAGAUAGAAGACCUCCAGCGCAUGAAGGAGCGGCAGGAGCUGUCCCUGACCGAGGCUUCCCUGCAGAAGCUGCAGCAGCUGCGGGACGAGGAGCUCAAGAGGCUUGAGGACGAGGCGUGCAGGGCCGCCCAGGAGUUCCUCGAGUCCCUCAACUUCGACGAGAUCGACGAAUGCGUCCGGAACAUCGAGAGGUCCCUCUCCGUGGGCAGCGAGUUCUCGGCCGAGCUCAGCGAGCUCGCGGGGAGCGCGUGCGGGGUGAAGCCCAGCUUCAACUUCAGCCAGCCCUACCCGGAGGAGGAGGUGGACGAGGGCUUCGAGGCCGACGACGACGCCUUCAAGGACUCGCCGAACCCCAGCGAGCACGGCCACUCGGACCAGAGAACCAGUGGCAUCCGCACGAGCGACGACUCUUCCGAGGAGGAUCCUUACGUCAACGACACGGUGGUGCCCACCAGCCCCAGUGCCGACAGCACCGUGCUGCUCGCCCCCUCGGCCCACGACUCCCUCAGCCUGCAGAACUCUUCCGGUGGGGAGUCCACCUACUGCAUGCCCCAGAGCACCGGGGACCUCCCCUCCCCGGACGGGGACUACGGCUACCACCAGGACGACUAUGAAGACGGCGCUGUCACCUCCGGCAGCAGCGUGACCUUCUCCAACUCCUACGGCAGCCAGUGGUCCCCGGAUUACCGCUGCUCCGGGGGCACCUACAACAGCUCUGGGGCCUACCGGUUUAGCUCGGAAGGUGCACAGUCCUCGUUUGAAGACAGUGAAGAAGAUUUUGACUCUAGGUUUGAUACGGAUGAUGAGCUGUCGUACCGGCGGGACUCUGUGUAUAGCUGCGUCACACUGCCGUACUUCCACAGCUUUCUGUACAUGAAAGGUGGCUUGAUGAACUCCUGGAAGCGUCGCUGGUGCGUCCUCAAGGACGAAACCUUCCUGUGGUUCCGCUCCAAGCAGGAGGCCCUCAAACAAGGCUGGCUCCACAAGAAAGGAGGGGGCUCCUCCACGCUAUCCCGGAGGAACUGGAAGAAGCGCUGGUUUGUCCUCCGGCAGUCCAAGCUGAUGUACUUUGAAAACGACAGCGAGGAGAAGCUCAAGGGCACCUUAGAAGUCCGGACAGCAAAAGAAAUCAUAGAUAACACCAGCAAAGAGAAUGGGAUUGACAUCAUUAUGGCCGACAGGACCUUCCACCUGAUCGCUGAAUCCCCAGAAGAUGCCAGCCAGUGGUUCAGCGUGCUGAGUCAAGUCCACGCAUCCACGGACCAGGAGAUCCGGGAGAUGCACGACGAGCAGGCGAAUCCACAGAAUGCUGUGGGCACUUUGGACGUGGGGAUGAUUGAUUCAGUGUGCGCUUCCGACAGCCCCGACAGACCCAAUUCUUUCGUGAUCAUCACGGCCAACCGCGUCCUUCAUUGCAAUGCAGACACGCCAGAGGAGAUGCACCACUGGAUCACGCUGCUGCAGAGAUCCAAGGGGGACACCAGAGUGGAGGGCCAGGAGUUUAUCGUGAGAGGAUGGCUGCACAAAGAAGUGAAAAACAGUCCGAAGAUGUCUUCGUUGAAAUUGAAAAAGCGGUGGUUUGUGCUAACCCACAAUUCCUUGGAUUACUACAAGAGCUCGGAGAAGAGCGCACUGAAACUGGGCACUCUGGUCCUCAACAGCCUCUGCUCGGUGGUCCCCCCGGAUGAGAAGAUAUUCAAAGAGACAGGCUACUGGAACGUCACCGUGUACGGGCGCAAGCACUGUUACCGGCUCUACACCAAACUGCUUAACGAGGCCACCAGGUGGUCCAGUGCCAUCCAAAACGUGACCGACGCCAAGGCCCCUAUCGACACCCCCACCCAGCAGCUGAUUCAAGAUAUCAAGGAGAACUGCCUGAACCUGGACGUGGUGGAGCAGAUUUACAAGCGGAACCCCAUCCUGCGGUACACCCAUCACCCACUGCACUCUCCGCUCCUGCCUCUCCCGUAUGGAGACAUAAAUCUCAACUUGCUCAAAGACAAAGGCUACACAACCCUUCAGGAUGAAGCCAUCAAGAUCUUCAAUUCCCUCCAGCAACUGGAAUCCAUGUCUGACCCUAUCCCCAUAAUCCAGGGCAUUCUGCAGACAGGGCACGACCUCCGCCCCCUGCGAGAUGAGCUGUACUGCCAGCUCAUCAAACAGACCAACAAAGUGCCCCAUCCCGGCAGCUUGGGCAACCUGUACAGUUGGCAGAUCCUGACCUGCCUGAGCUGCACCUUCCUGCCCAGCCGCGGAAUCCUCAAGUAUCUCAAGUUCCACCUGAAAAGGAUACGGGAACAGUUUCCAGGAACCGAGAUGGAGAAAUACGCCCUCUUCAUUUACGAAUCUCUCAAGAAAACCAAAUGCCGAGAGUUUGUGCCUUCCCGGGAUGAAAUAGAGGCUCUGAUCCAAAGACAGGAAAUGACGUCCACGGUGUACUGCCACGGCGGGGGCUCCUGCAAGAUCACCAUCACCUCCCACACCACGGCCGGGGAGGUGGUGGAGAAACUGAUCAGAGGUCUCGCCAUGGAGGACAGCAGAAACAUGUUCGCCCUGUUUGAAUACAAUGGAACCAUCGAUAAAGCCAUUGAAAGCCGCACCAUCGUGGCUGAUGUUUUAGCGAAGUUUGAAAAGCUGGCAGCCACGUCAGAGGCGGGUGACCUGAUGUGGAAAUUCUACUUCAAACUUUAUUGCUUUCUGGACACAGAUAACGUGCCAAAAGACAGCGUGGAAUUUGCAUUUAUGUUUGAACAGGCCCACGAGGCAGUUAUCCAUGGCCACUACCCAGCCCCGGAAGAAAACCUGCAGGUUCUGGCUGCCUUGCGGCUGCAGUACCUACAGGGAGAUUAUUCUCUGCACGCCGCAGUCCCACCUCUCGAGGAGGUUUACUGCCUGCAGAGACUCAAGGCCCGCAUCAGCCAGGCAACCAAGAGCUGCACUCCCUACGAGCGGCUGGAGAAGAGGCGGACGAGCUUCCUGGAGGGGACGCUGAGGAAGAGCUUCCGGACAGGGGCUGUCCUACGGCAAAAAGUGGAGGAGGAGCAGAUGCUGGAUAUGUGGAUUAAGGAAGAGGUCUCCUCCGCCCGAGCCAGUAUCAUUGACAAGUGGAAGAAGUUUCAGGGCAUGAACCAGGAACAGGCCAUGGGCAAGUACAUGGCCUUGAUCAAGGAGUGGCCGGGUUACGGGUCCACGCUUUUCGACGUGGAGUGCAAGGAAGGUGGCUUUCCCCAAGAACUCUGGCUGGGCGUCAGCGCGGACGCUGUCUCUGUCUACAAGCGUGGGGAGGGGAGACCCUUAGAAGUCUUCCAGUAUGAACACAUCCUCUCAUUUGGGGCGCCCCUGGCAAACACAUACAAGAUUGUGGUUGAUGAGAGGGAGCUGCUCUUUGAAACCAGUGAGGUGGUGGACGUGGCCAAGCUCAUGAAAGCCUACAUCAGCAUGAUCGUCAAGAAGCGCUACAGCACCUCCCGGUCCGCGAGCAGCCAGGGCAGCUCCAGGUGAAGACGGCAAGGAGCUCCUUUGUCUUUUGUCUCUGAACGUGCCCCUGCGGGCCUCAGUGGGCUCUGCGUGCCAAGCUGACCUGAGCUGAGCGCCGAGCUGCCCAGGCUUUCCUUAAGCCCCUCAUCGGAGGGAGAGAUCUCUGAGGGGCCUUUCGCCCUGUCAACUUCAGCAGUCACGUAUUAAGCUGUCAAUUUUAACAGUCUGCACAGUUUCCAAAGCUUUAGUACUCUGAGAUGACACAUGCCUUAAAAAAGAAAGAGGGGAAAAAAAAACUCAGGCUGCUGCCAAGGCAGCCAGAAGUGCCUUAACUUGUGCAACCAACACUAACCGACCUUAACUGUGUUACUGAAGGGAAAUGCAUUCCCCCUUUUCUGGGAAACUUAACAGAGCUUGGAAGGGGGGUGUUUUGACCGUCAGUUCUGCACUAACCUCCCAGCCUGAUUUCCCACGUUUGAGGGAAGGUGAGGGAGGAGGGAGGGGGGCGCGAGGGAGAGCAAGGGGACAGUGGAUCUGCGUUGGAGCGCUGCUGGCAGCCAUCCUCACGGACACGCAUCAGUUUUUCUCUUCGUUUCAUCUUUUAAGUAUAUGUUCUUGCCCAGGCAUGCGUGUAUCCCAUAAACUCAUCCCUUGAACCCUGGCCUCUUGAGCAUUAAAAGCAAAGGGAAAAAGGAUAUGCAAUGGUGUAAACAGUCUGUCUGUAUAUUUUAAUAGUUCAGAGUUAUAGUCAUCAAUUAUUACUUUAUAAGGUGGUUUUAUUAACAGACUGGAAUCCUGGAUUUUCCUGUCUUUGCUGUACUUCGAAAAACACAUCCUGACUCGGUUUUAAUUUUACAUGUAGCAAGUCUGCAUUCUGUGUCUGCUGUAUUAUAAACAGAUAUGCAGCCUCUGAGAUAACGGUAUUUAUAAACCACUUGUAAACAGAGGACUCCAGUGCCUGUUUUUAGAACAAUAUGAAGUUCAUGUUGGAGUCUUUAGUUUCUAAAAGAUUUGAAGUUUAAAAAAAAAAAUGUUUCUUUGAAGGUUAGGCUUGUUUCACUCUCACUCUGGAUAGAUUAAAAUAUAACUACGUUGACUAUGAGGUAAAGAUGCUGCAAUCCUGAAAGACGCACCAUGUGAGCGAAUGUUUAAAGGACCCUGACAUUAAACAGAGAGGCUUUAAUAAAACACAUAUUUUAUCCCAAUUUUAUAAAGUGGUCUGAAGCAGGCACCUGUUGAUAAAUCAGCAUUUAUGACCAGAAAUAAAAUAAAACUGGUCUUGGCCUUUUAUUUUUAUAUGCAAACGUUGUAAAGACUUAGCCCAACCAAGUUUGCCCACAAAGAGAAAAGAAGUCUGCUUUAUCCCUGUGGAAACCCGGCGAGAUCAUGUUUGUUGGCUCAAAGAAGUUCUGACAAUAAAACAUAUUAGCUAACGUG